GGAGCCUGAGUGAAAUCAGCCCCUGCAGGAUCCCGUUCACAGUCAGAGGCGCCGGCCAGCAGCGCGCACACACAUACACACACACACACAAAGACACACUCCGAGCAGGUACAGGAGACACAUCGAGUGUAUGCCCGGCUACUCUCCGGAGUCUACUUGUUGAUCUGCUUGAGGAAGUGGUGCACAGGGCGGACUGGACAUAUUUGGUGUGUGUGCAGCCCAGUUCUGAUCUUCACCAUGUCGGUGCGCAGCUCAUGAUGCCUCCAUCCGCUCCCAGCAGAGCGCUGGAGACCUGGACGGGCUGGACAAGUUUAAACGCAUUUACUCCUGAAAUGUUGCUGAUAUGGGUCCAUGAGACGAAUCGGGAUAUAAGGAAGACAAGCACAAGAGGCGAAGAGGGGCCCUGAUGUGGUCACCCACAGGACAAUGUCUUCUUAAUCUACCAUCCAGCACCUUCAAGUGACCGAGUGACUUGAGAGAAGAUGAUCAAAGCCGGCUCCCGGUUGGCCACCACUCUGCCACCAGACACCAUGGACAUUAUCCGGAGCAAGACGCACUCUCGCCGGGUGAGGCUCAACGUUGGCGGGCUGCUCCACGAGGUCCUGUGGAGGACGCUGGACCGGCUGCCCCGCACCCGGCUGGGCAAGCUGAGGGACUGCAACACCCACGACUCCAUCAUGGAGAUUUGUGACGACUACAGCCUGGAUAACAACGAGUACUUCUUCGACAGACACCCCGGAGCCUUCACAUCCAUCCUCAACUUCUACCGCACCGGAAAGCUGCACAUGAUGGAGGAGAUGUGCGCCCUUUCCUUCAGCCAAGAGCUGGACUUCUGGGGCAUCGAUGAGAUCUACCUGGAGUCCUGCUGCCAGGCCAGGUACCACCAGAAGAAGGAGCAGAUGAACGAGGAGCUCAAAAGAGAGGCCGAGAACAUGAGGGAAAGGGAAGGAGAGGAGUUUACUACCACGUGUUGUUCCGAGAAGAGGAAGAAACUCUGGGACCUCUUGGAGAAGCCCAGCUCUUCAUUUGCUGCUAAGAUCCUGGCAAUUAUAUCCAUCCUCUUCAUUGUGUUGUCCACCAUCGCUUUGUCUCUGAACACCCUCCCAGAGCUGCAGGACACAGAUGAGUUUGGUCAAGCUACAGACAACCCACAACUGGCCCACGUGGAAGCUGUGUGCAUUGCCUGGUUCACUAUGGAGUAUCUGCUUCGAUUUCUCUCUUCCCCCAACAAGUGGAAGUUCUUUAAGGGCCCUCUGAACGUCAUAGACCUGCUGGCCAUCCUACCCUACUACGUCACCAUCUUCCUGACAGAAUCUAACAAGAGUGUGCUGCAGUUUCAGAACGUCCGCCGCGUGGUUCAGAUUUUCCGGAUCAUGCGAAUAUUGCGUAUUCUGAAGCUGGCCCGUCACUCUACAGGUCUUCAGUCUCUAGGCUUCACUCUCAGGAGGAGUUAUAAUGAGCUGGGCCUGCUCAUCCUCUUCUUGGCUAUGGGCAUCAUGAUAUUCUCCAGUCUGGUGUUCUUUGCUGAGAAAGACGAAGAAGACACUAAGUUUAAGAGCAUCCCUGCUUCCUUCUGGUGGGCUACCAUUACCAUGACCACAGUAGGUUAUGGAGAUAUUUACCCAAAAACUCUGUUGGGGAAAAUAGUCGGGGGUUUAUGCUGCAUUGCAGGAGUGCUGGUGAUAGCCUUACCUAUCCCCAUCAUUGUGAAUAACUUCUCUGAGUUCUACAAAGAGCAAAAGAGGCAGGAGAAAGCCAUCAAAAGAAGGGAGGCUCUGGAGAGGGCUAAGAGAAACGGUAGCAUUGUCUCUAUGAACAUUAAAGACGCAUUUGGUCGCAGUGUGGAGCUCAUGGAUGUAAUGGUGGAAAAAAGUGAAGAACAUAAGGAGAAAGUUCAUGAUAAUCAUGUGUCUCCUAAUCACCAGAAAGGGACCCCCAAACUCAGACUGGAGACCAGCCCCAGCAGCCCCACCAAGGCCCUUGAAUCAAGCUUCCAAGAACAGGCCAAGCCCUCCAGCAGCCCCCAGCACCUCAGCGCACAGAAACUGGAGGAGAUGUACAACAAGAUGUCCUUGACUCAGUCGCAACCCAACCUCAACAGCAAGGAAAAGGGGCCACCAUCCAAAACAGGCAGACAGAGAGCUGAAUUUGAGAUGGAAAACAUCCCAACUGAAGCAAUCUCCAGCACAGUGGAGGCAGUGACAGACAUGAAGAGCAUGUCCAGUAUCGACAGCUUCAUCAGCUGUGCAACCGACUUCCCUGAGAGCUCUCGUUUUUCCCACAGUCCCACCAGCAACAUCCCUGGGAGGGUCAGCACCAACCCCAGCCUGGAGCCCACCUUGGAGAAUGAACAUGAAGGAUCCCAGGGCAUCUCUACACCUCAGGCAGGAGAUGGCAUAAAGUCCAGUCUGCAUUCUGACAGCCCCAGAGGCCUGCGCUUCAACAAAAGUCGCUCGCUAAAGGUCAACUUCAGAAGCAGUGAGGAUCCAGGGACAGGUCUCCUGUCAGACAGUUCAUCAAUCCAGAGCCCUGAGGUGUCCGUCUACACAACAGCCAGCAGCAGGACACCCAGCAAGAGUCCAGAGAAUCUACUGCCCAGCAUCUUCACAUUCCACGAUUCGUCCAUCAAUAAGUUCAUUGAUGCUGACACAGACGAAGAGGAGCACCUGCACGAUGGUUCGGGCGCCAACCCGUCCCAAAGACUCCUGGAAAGAGCCAGUCCCAAGUUUGGCAAUCAGAGUUCCAACCACAUGGAGGGACUCCAGAGGAAGCUGGGGAAUAGCACACUGCCGUUAGAGGGGCAGGAGAACCAUGUGGCUCAGGAACUACAGCCACUUCAGGGAGAGAAGAGUCACUCUAACUCUUAAGGUUACUAAAAGAGACCACACAGGAGAGGAGGAAGCGACGGAGGUGGAGAGCAAAUAACAAGCACAGUGAACUUCCUGAAGAUAGGAAUGGAACUGAAAGCAUUUGAAGAAUUACAACACAAAAUCCUUCUCCCAUGACGAUACAAAAGUUGUGGACAAUGGGGAAGAACAUUGUUCUGCUCUCAGACUUUUUCCUACCAAUGACUCCUGAAUAGAUUAAUUUAUCUGAAGACUUGAAGGUUUUAAAAAUGGCAAUGAAUGCAGUCUGAAGGUCUGUAUAAUUUCUACAUUCAUUUUACCCAGGUUACCAUCUAAUAAUUGCAGCCUAGUUGUAAGAGCCAUUUUUAUAAGCAAAAACCAAUCCUCUUUGAAGUCACUAUAGCAAAGGCUGUCAAAUCAGUAGCAAACCACAAAGGGCAUUGAAACACGGCACAUACAGGAGAUAUAUUUCCAAUAACUAUAUUGUAGUAUGAAGGGGGAACAUACAUUUUCUCUGUAUACAGUGUAUAAGUGUAUACAGUUUAUAUUACAAAAGCAAAGUGUUGGGAAAAUGUAUAGUUUGCUUCCUUUAACUUCCUUCCUCAGAACUGGCCUUAGUUCAUGCGUCUCCCAUGUUUUUUGUUUGUAUGUAUGACAAAGAGAGAAAUCUAGAGAAGGACAGAUAGCACAUAUGUGUGCAAUAAUUACCUUUCAUAUAUAGUAUAUUUAUUGUUAUGUAGCGUUCGUGGUCUCUUGUCUUAAGUGUGACCUGUAUGAGAAUCAAGUGUUUCAGUCCGUUUCCAUUCAACAGGAGUUUAGUGUCUUGCUCGUUGAUAUUUUUUACUGCACAGAAAACAUUCAGACAACACAGAGAGACACUGUGAGACUCGAUCCAUCAGUUUCCUUCUUGUUCCCAUUGUGCCCGACUGCUGGCAAGAGAGAGCACCUUAACAUAAUUCUUUUUCUUGCGAGCACAGGAAAAAAAAAUACUGUGUUGUUCUUGUUUGUUCGUUUAUUUUGCUUGUUGCUACAUGUCUGUGUGUAUCCCCACUGUGUGUAUCAUUUUCAAUCUGGACAAAAACAAAAAACAUCACAUUAUUUUCAGACUUUCUCAAAGGUGUGCGGAGGAGUCGCCAUUGCUGUUGUAGCUGAUACACUGAACUUUGCAUAAAAUGACAGUUCUCAUGAGCAUCACUACGGCUGGACGGACAGCAGUGAAAAUCACACAGAUUUUCUUCGUUGAUCCUCCGGUUUUGUAGGAGUGUGAAUAUUGUACAUGUAUAACUGCAAAAGUAGAAUCUAUUACGAAAAAUACACGUUUAUUGUACAAGUUAAAGAAUUGAAAUAAUUUAUAUUUUUAAGAUAUUUUCUAAAAGAAUGGACUCUUAGACGAAUAUAUUGUGCUGAACUCAUAGUUUUGCAUUUACAAUAUGUGUACCGCAUUAUUUUGAUGGAGUUGCAUUUAUUAGACAAUAUUCUGUAGUAGAUACAUUUGUAUUGUUUGCUACUGUCUCUCUGUAAGCGUCUGUCCGUUGAUCCUUUGUGUAAUGUGAAGAACCAAAGAAUUGUUCUGAUAACUCACACAGAUGGUAAUAAGAUUUAAAGGUUGUUUUUUUUUCUUAGAAAUGUAAGCAUUCCGUUUUCUAAACAAAAAGAAUCUGACAUAUUUCAGGGAGCCAUACUUGCUCAUUCGGGACAAACAUGUAAGCUGGAGGAAGCUGUUGGUGGAGGAUCAAAAAAAAAACGAAAAGGGAACACAGGACUUUAUCUUCCAUCCACUUGAAAAGCUAAGUUUAUUAUUUACACACUGUGGAUCUUGACAAGUGGUUCACUUCCAAAAAUCCAAAUGAUUAUGUUCACAUGAGUUCACAUGAUAUCUCCUGCUAACAUAAAGACACCUCGCAGCUAUGAGCAGCUUUAGUUCGACCAAAUAUCCUGCAUCCUGCUUCUCCAAAAUGCACCUCCAAACAUAUGAUCACUCUGGGUGUUGGUCAUCUGGUGCAAGCAUGCUUUUAUAAGAUUAUUAACUUUCCAACAUAUCAUGCAAGCAUGCUACAAAUCAGCUGUCUUAGUCGUUAAAGAGAUAGAAGUAUUUACUGCGCAUGGUUGUCUGCAAUCAUUAGACAUGAGUUAGAUAUUUCUGUGCCUUUGCUUUUAACAGACGCCUACCCUGCAUACUGAAUUUGUCCACCGGAACCCGAACAAUAAUUAAACAAACUGUACAGCACAUAAACAAACGGAGAACUGGGUCAUCAUGCUAGAGUUUCCUAUAAUGUCUUUCCUGUGCACUUAAAUGCACCAAACAUUUACAUGAAAAAAGGUCCAGUCCACAAAAACAAACAGGUGCAGAUGCACUCAGUACAGUGAACCACCACUGUUUCCAUGGUGAUGCUUGAGAUGACUGCAUGGCUCACAUUUGAUGCACGCAAGUAGCCUAAUUUGUGGAGAUGGAGUCCUUUAAGACUAAAAUAACAUAGUGCAAACACACACCACAAUUAUAUUUUUGUUCAUUCACUCUUUUUUUUCAUAUGAGUUGUUCCCUUCUUACUUCAGCGAUGGUGAAGCCUGAAGAAAAUUAUGUAAACAGAAAACUGGAUUGUGGGCCCGCUCAAUCAGACUGCCACAUCAUCCCGUUAUUUCACUCGUUUGGUUUUACGUAGAAACAUGCGCACAUCUUAGCAAAUUACAAAAGAACAGACGGAGCGUGACCACAUUCUGAAACUAAAGGUGAUAUUGCUAUAAUGUGUAUGAACGCUUGAGCGGAGGGAGUGAGUGUGAAAUGCAAAUGGAAUAGGAACAAGUGGUGUGACGGGGAUGAGACGUCAGCUUGAUUACAAGUGACGUCCCCAUCGAUGACUGCAGCUCCUCAUGUCCACUUUUACUCUUUAACAAGAUCAUCAUUCAAAACAGAAUCUUAGGAUCUUUCUGUCCUCUUUCUGUGGCGACAGAGUAAAACAUUCCUCGGGCGACAUGACUGCCAUUACAUUCUGUCAUUUAGGAACAAAGUUAAGCAGUCAGGUUGUGUACACAGCACUUGUGUGUGUUUUUCCAUGACAAGGAUCUUCCCUAUGCUCGAGACUUUUGUGCAGAGUGACAAUGCAAAAAUGGCAGUUGGGUUGAGGCGUCCUUUUGAGGAUGUCUUCAGUUCUGUGAUUCUAUAAAUACCAUCCUGGGCAUGCAAAGGGAGGGUCUGGGCCUGCAGGAAAAGGCUCAGUUACAGCAAUGUCUUUGUUCCGAUGGUGUCAUCCACUUCUGAGGAGCAAACUUUGUAACAAAAGAGUCUGGAAAAGCAGAGACUACGGAGGCCGACAGGAAACCAAACAGUCACUGGUGUGUGGGAUUGUUUGCAGCCCAGCCCUAAACCCUGCAUGGUAAUGGAAUAAAAAUGUCAAACUGACAAAUGGUCGUAUGACUUUCACUGCUGAAUGCGUUGGAGACAGAAGAAACCAUGAGAUCUUGUUUUUUUUAAGGAGUGGGUGAGGGUGUUACACGGUGAAGAAUGAAGGUUCAUUAGCAUUCAUCACACAACAGUCAGACAUGCAGUAAAUAAUGACAAAUCUUUGAAAAUGAGCCUCUAACCAUAGUGGACUUUCUUCCAAACAAGCCAUAGUCGAUUUUAACAGAAACAGCUCUUUUCUGUGUUGGAUGAAUGUUAACAAUGUUCUUCUUGUUUUCUUAUCUUAUAAUUUCUUUUUAUGUUUUCUGAACUGCACUUUAUUGAUUUUUCUGAAUUAAAUCCUCUGCUGUCUAGUGACAAAUAGAAUUGUCAAUAUAGAAACACUGUAUUUGAGCAAACACCGGUUCAAAUACAAUGUCCAAAAGCACAAAUUAAAGUACCACUAGGUAACCAUUUUCUUUGAGAAGAAUACACCACACAAGAGGUCCCAGCCAAAUACAGACGCACGAUUUCAUUUUCUAAAUCUUCCCCCUUCCUUCAGGGAAAUAAUCACUCUGUUCAGCUCACACAGGUCUGUACGCUGCCCUUACUGUGUCUGGGGAAAUGUUUGUUUUGUAAAGUUUCAUACUUUGUACCAGUUGACUUUGUAGAAUAUUAUAUUUGUGGUUUUCCCGUUGUUCAACGCAUGUAGCGCUAUUAAACUUUGACACACUGAACUUGUAAAUAUAAUCUAAUUGCUAUAGGAAAAUGUCUAUGAUGAGCAGUUUUGAAGCAGAUUUCUCCUUUUACUGACUGAUGCUUAAUAAAAGACAAUAAUCCAGUGA